AUGUUCUCGCGCAAAGGAAAGCGCGGAAAACAUGAGGCCUACAGUAAGGGUUCUUCAACUCCCGGCGCAUCGACGAAGGAUCAUUUGACUCCGAGCAAAGCGACGUUGUUUUCGCGAUCAAAAGCCUUGUUUAGGGGAUCAGUUGCGCCACGCGUUCAAGAGGAGGAUGCCAAGGGGCCUUUAGGGCUGGAUCUACUCCAUUCCCCCGCGGUACCAGAAGUCGACUUCAUUUUUGUCCAUGGCCUAGGUGGCGGAUCUCGGAAAACAUGGAGCAAGUCGUCGCUCGAUUCGCAUUUCUGGCCAAAAGAGUGGCUUGCGAAAGACCCCGCAUUCAAACACGUGCGCAUACACAGCUAUGGAUACGAAUACGAAAAUAUGAAGGGUAGGCAAGAUGCCUUGAACGUGGACGGCAUUGGAAAAUCACUGCUAGCCGCGAUCAGCACUUCAGCAAACAUCGCAAGCUCUGGGACACAUAUCGUUGUUAUUGGCCACAGUAUGGGUGGCUUAGCGAUGAAAAAAGCACUUACUCUGGCAAGUCAAGAUCCAUUGUACAGGGAGAUAUCCGAAAGGUUUUCUGCUUUGUUUUUUCUCGGUACACCUCAUCGAGGAGCGAAAUCAUCAAAAAUGUUGAAAAACCUUCUUAAAGUUUCUUACGAUCGAGGUUAUGUUGAUGACCUGGAACCAAACUCCCAUGCUAUACAAGUGAUCAACGAUGGCUUUCGUCACUUGUCAGCUGAGAUCGAGCUCUGGUCAUUCUACGAAACGCAGAAUAUGAGAUUCUUUAGCUCGCUUAUUGUUGACUCUGAGUCUGCGACAAUCGGAUCCCACGGAGAGAAACAGAUACCCAUGACUGCAGAUCACCGAUCGAUCUGUAGGUUCGAAACACCGGAAGACCCGAACUACAUUCUCCUUCGAAACGCACUGGCCUCGGCUGUGAGCACGCAAUCGGAGGCAAAGUUGAAGGACGAUCGGAAAAAGAAUCAACACCUCAGGAAGUUCAUUGGUGUCUCCAGUGUCAUCUAUCAUGACCUGGCAAGCAUCGGUGAAGUACGUAUAGAUGGGACAUGCACCUGGAUUUCGACAAAACUAGGUUACAUCGACUGGAGGGAUGGACCAAGCAGCGGCGCGAAAGUUCUAUGGAUCAACGGCCAGCCAGGUGCUGGGAAAUCCGUGCUCGCCGCGUACAUAAUUGAACGACUUAAAGCGGACGGCCAGGACUGCAGCUUCUUUUUCUUCAAACGUGGCGAUGACUUGAAGGCCAAUCUCAGUUGUUGUCUGCGAUCCCUAGCAUUCCAGAUGGCUAGCUCUAAUCCCGAUGCUGGACGUCAGGUUUUGGAAAUACAGCGAGACUAUGACUGUAUGGAUGCCUUCGACGAUGAUACCAUCUGGCAGAGACUUCUUUCUUCGGGGAUCUUUCAAGUCUUAAAAAGUCGGCAUUACUGGGUUAUUGAUGGCUUGGAUGAGUGUCCUGACUCUUUGAACUUCUUGAAAGGAAUGCUUUCAAAAAUGGAUCACACCGUCCCGAUUAGAAUUCUGAUAACCGGCAGGGACGCCGUGGAUUUGCAACAAGGUUUCUCCCAAAUUCCACCCAGAUUACUCCAGCAAUUCUCCAUCUCAACAGCCGACACCAAGUCAGACAUGAACCUGCUGAUUCAAGAGAGAAUGGGCGUCAUAGAAGUUAUGAGUCGCGCGAAUCGAUGGGAAGUGGCGCAGAAGAUUUUGGAUAAAUCAGAAGGAUCUUUCAUGUGGACCAUUCUAGUCCUCGAUGAGCUUUUUCGCUGCACCAGCAGAAAGCAAUGCGACAAAGUUAUUGAAGACAUGCCCAGGGGAAUGGACCCGCUCUACAAUCGAACUUUAGUCAAUUUGGCACAAGCACGCCAUGGAAAAGAAUUGGCUAAAAUCAUCUUUAUGUGGGCCGCUUGUGCUGUUCGACCAUUGACGAUCGCUGAACUUGAUAAUGCGCUGACGUUGGACUUCAAUGAUUCUUUUCAAAACUUGGAGAAUGCGAUAUUCCUGCUUUGCGGCCAGCUUGUGGUCGUUGAUACGACCAAUCGAUUGAAGAUGGUGCAUGAGUCCGCCAGAGGAUUUCUGCUUGACAGCCGGUCCGCGUCCGAGUUCCGCAUUGACGAGGUUCACUCGCAUACUCAGAUGGCCAACGUGUGUCUUCAAUACCUCACCGGACUGGAAAUUAAACCCCCAAGAAGCAAUCGAAGUCGACUCCCAGCAGAUUUAGCAGCAAACAGACAAGACUUCGCCACCUAUGCAUACACAGCCUUUUCAUAUCACCUCUCAAGGGCUGACCCGAAAUCCUCGGAAACACUCAAGCUCCUCAUGAAGUUUUUGAAGUCCAACGUUUUCACCUGGAUUGAAACCAUUGCUGCAUCCGAAAAUCUUUACCACCUUGUCACCGCAUCCAGACGUCUUCAAACAUACGCAAGCUCAUGCGCAUCCGUGUCAUUGAAAGAUCCCAGAAUUGAAGAAUUGCGACAGUGGGCUACAGACUUUGCUCGCAUCCCCGCCAUGUUCGCCAACUCUCUCAGUGCAUCACCUUCUAGUAUCCACACAGUGAUACCUCCAUUCUGCCCCACUCGCAGCAUGGUGUACAACAACGGAAACUCACGUCCCAGGAUUGAAGUUCUUGGUGCCUCCAACCCACACUGGAACUCCAGGGUUAUGUCGAUCAACUUUCCCCAGGGACCUCCGAGGAUAAUUCGGUAUGGUGAGCACUUUUUGGCGGUCGGCUUUAUGUCAGGGUCAUUCAUCCUGUACCACAUCAGGUCAUACGAAGAGUAUAAGAUUCUUGAUCACGGCGAAAUGGUCCAGUUCAUCGCGUUUAAGCCCAACUCCGACCUGUUGGCAACCUGCGGUGUCAAGGUCACCAAAAUCUGGGACGUGAAAUGUGGAGAGGUAGUUCACAUAUUUGACAGCCCUUCACGCCCGCUUGGAAUUGUCUGGGACUCUGACAAACUUCUGAUAUCGAGUAGUGACAACUACGUUGCUACUUGGACCUUGGACCAAGGUACGCUAUCCGAGUCAGAGCCGAUCAAAUGGAACACCUCAGAUACAGAAGACGAUACCCAGAAGCCCUCCCCUGGCACCCCGGCUGCCAUGGAUAUCUCUACUUCUCACGCUAUGCUUGCUGUCGCUUAUAGCCGUCAACCAAUCAUGCUUUGGGACUUGGAAAAGACUGAGUACAAGGGCACCUGCGGCAAGAAACAAAGCAACGGAGAGGUUGGCAACUUCCCAAUCGUCACUCUUGUGUUCAACCCGAAUCCCGACUUGAGACUUCUCGCGGCAUUAUACAUGGACGGGGGUGUUGUCGUCCUUGACCCCAAGACAAAUCGCCAAGUAACAUGCUCACGGGCCAAUUGCCAAAACAUAGCAUCUAGUCCCGAUGGACGCCGACUUGCAGCGAGUGCAGCGAAUGGCAUCAUACAAGUCUAUGAAUUUGCCUCUUUGAAGCUCAUUUAUCAAGUCAACGGAUUCGACUCUUACAUAAAGGAUCUUGCCUUUUCGACGGACAGUAUGCAUCUCGCGGACGUAAGGGCCAAUCAAUGUACUGUCUGGGCACCGCUAGCCCUGGGAGCAGAGUCAAGGAGCGACAGUAAGACAGAUUCAAGCUUUACACCAGUGUUUGAAGAAGUGUCAAUUGGUUCAAAUGCCAGAAUCAAUGCCAUCGCCGUUCAUCACACAUCUGAUGUCAUAUUUGCCGGAAAGGCAGAUGGGUUGAUCGAGUUGUACGAUCGGAAAACAGCGGAGAGCUUGGGAUCGAUUACAACUCAUAAGGCAGCUAUUCAUUUGUUAAGCUGGAUUCAACGAAAGGAUUGCCUGCUUAGUGUUGAUGCCUCUAGCAAGAUAAUCCUCCACAGAAUCCGAAAGUCAGACAAAGGAUGGCUGGGUGGUCAGGAGGUAAUCUUCAAUCAUCGACUUGACAUCUUCAGCGCGAUUGUUGAUGUCCUGGUCGAUGAGACCAACGGAAAGCUCAUGGUAUCCACUUGCGAGUCUGAUCAUCUAUUUGACAUUGAGAGCCAGGAAUGCGAAAAGGAGGAGAGAUACGAGCUAACCGACAAAACUCGCAAAUGGCUCCUUGACCCAACAUCUUCUUCUCGGUUGAUCCGCGCAGAAAGCAAAAAACUCUGCAUGUAUACCUGGAGUGACUUUUCUGAGUGUUCAUCUCUGUCAUUGCCUGUUGGAAAUGACAUGGUAGACUUGAAAGGUGCGAACAUUUAUCAAUUUGGCGGAAGACAGGCUAUCAUCCUUGAGUUGUUGUCUAUCAGUGGUAGCAAAAUCACGAUAAUCGACGAGGAUUGCCUUCCUGUGCAAGACACUCGACCAAAAUCAGAAAGCGGCGCCAAGGAACAACUGUCUGCUGGUACGGACGUCAAGAUUACUAGGUCUUUCACAAGCAUCCCAUCGCCUCCCCAAGUUAUUGAACUGGAGCUAGAUGCCACGCAUAUCCUUGGCAUAUACGAGUCGAAACUAGUAUUUUUAACUCGAUCUUCAUGGGUAUGCUCAGUGGAACUUCCGCGGACUGGUCUAAGCCUCUCGGAAUAUUCAAAUUCCCAGAUGCUAGAGAUCCAUGAGCACUUCUUCAUUCCACGCGACUGGUUUAUAGGACAAAGCAAAAUUCCUUGUGUCAUUUCGAAGGACGAUGUUAUAUUGACUCGUGGUGGUGAUCUUGCUGUUAUUCGCGGUGGACUUCAACAUACCGAACGAGUUGUACAGAAAAGCAGAUAG